AUGUUCUUCAACGAUGAUCCCCUGCCUGAGCCACAGAGCUGUGCUGAAGUAACAACAGCUGUGACAAACAUCUGGGCGGGUGGGUGGUUUGUCUCGCCAUUGAUAGUAAACGCCAACGCAGAGGUGGAGAUGUGCCGCGCCUUUGACAGGACAAAAUUUUCAAGCUUCAAGGAGGCAUACAACGUGUGUGGCCCUUUUGAAUCCAUUGUGGAGUAUCCUGCUAUGUUUGGAUGUAUACUUCUGGAUAAGGUGUACUUUUUAGUUGCCACCAGAGUAGAGGAGGUGGCAGGGUUGCCAUUCGGAGGGACAAUUCUUCGUGUUGCAGAAACGGAGUGGAUCGCUUUCAAUAUUCCCGGCGCUGCCCCGCUUCGAAUGUCGGUAACCGACAAGAAUAGGCUUAGGGAAUUUCAACAGUACAAGUACGAGAAGGGAUACUACUAUUCUGACGACUGUGAUUUGACGAAACCGUUUCCGUUUAUUUCAUCUCGUGCAGGUGAUUCCCCAGAAUUCCAUUGUGACUGGUCAGAGCACCUGCGACAAGCGUUUCGUCUUAAUGGUCUCGACAAUGGAUGCUCCGUUCUCAUUCGGGGUUACGCAGAGGGAAAGAAUAUUGAAAUAAAGGAUAGAUCUGUUCUCUGUAUGCUGCUUCUUGGACGCCAGAAUCAUCUCAACCCUGGACCUCGGUACCUCGGUAGGGGGCUCAAUGGGAAUAACGCGGUUGGUAAUGACCAUGUAUACGAAUAUGUUAUGUGGAGAAAAAAUGCGGAUGGAUCCAUUUCUUUUGCAAGACAUACGAUUCUUCGAGGGACAAUUCCUGUGCAAUGGACUACACAAAUCAAUGCAACAAUCGCAGAGCCGUCGAUGAUCUUUAGCCCAAACAAGGAGGAGGUGUUGCAGGGAUGUGAUGUGUACUUUGAAUCUCUCUUCCGUCAGUUGACUGCACUGAUCAAGUAUGACACCGGAGGUGCACCAGUUGAUGCAAUACCCAAGGUGCGAUGCAUCAAUCUCCUUCGGCAGAAUCCUCAGAGUGGUGAGGGCAUCUUGGCAAGGUAUUUCAUUGAGGCUGUGAGAAAAGCGGAUGCUGCGGUGCGGCGUGUUUUCCCCAAGGAUCAUCUCGACCUUGUUCAUGUUGACUGGCUCAAUCUUAUAAAGGACUACGGCAUAGAUGUAGCUACGAAAACAUUUUGGGAGGCUGUUCUUGCAUUCUUAGCUCCAAGUAGCAGUGAUGCGCUUGCUACCGUUGGCUCGGUGCGCCCCGAUGGUAGUGUUUCGAGACUCCUUUGUCAGAGGCAGUUCGUUCGGAUAAAUUGUGCGGAUUCAUUAGACAGAACAAACUUGGGGUGUUUUUUUACAUGCUUCCAAGCAUCCGUUUUCAUGUUAGGGUCUCUUGGCAUUCAGUUGAACAGCUUCGUGGAUCAAAGACCUUUGCCACCACUGGAUGGACAAGAUGACUUUGAGCGUGAUGGGUUCUCAGCAUUCUUAGCUCCCAUGGCAGGGGCAAAGUCAUCUUUUCCUAAACCAUUUGUGGGCUCAUGGUACGAGGCUCGAAAUCCGUCCUUGUAUCCAGUGGCUGUGGGUCGUGCCCUGUCGGAGUUAUUUGUGUACAAUGGUGAUAUUGUCGCACAACUGUAUACAAAUUCAGCAGCAAUGCACAGUAACAUUUUACGGGGCAUUUGUGGGCUUAAAUAUACAACCUCUAACGUGGUUAUAGCGACACAGAGGCGUUUUGAAAAUGUGUUUGAAGACCGGAAAAAGUUUAGGAGUAUUGAACUUCUCCUUGGCCGAAACAAGGAUAUCCACUUUCCUUCAAUGAGCAGGGUCUUCCUCACGCGUCCCGUGCCGUGGGAACACUGGAAAUGCGCACUGGUAGCAGUGGGUGUUCCUCCAGGCAUAUCUUCGUCUGAACUGGAGGGGAGCGUGCGUAGAGCAUGGGAUGAGAUGGUUUGUCCAAUGCUUUGCAAUGAUGGAUACCCGCCGAUUGCGAGCAGUGCCUUGUGUUUUACCGUAACUGUUGCAGAAGACGAAGUGGAGUCUCACACGGAGUUUGUUACGGCGUUGGGCCAUGUGACUUUUGAGCAGACUCCUCCACUGGAUGAGGAUAGCUGUGUGCCUCAAGAAAAUGAACAAAUAGCUGUUAUUGAGUUCGAUCGUGACCUCUGCAGAGCGAUUAAUGUCCCAAGGUUGCUCCAGGAGCGAGCUGUACUGAAGUUUCAGAGCUCCAAUGUAAUUCUGACCCCAUAUGAAUAUCCUGUCCAAGGUUCAGAAGGUGAUUCUUCAGGCCUUGUUCAUAAGGCAGCCAACUCCUUACGAAGUGGCCUCAAGAAUUUUGUGAGAGGACUUAAUGUCUAA